GUGACAUCUGUCAAAAUUUGAGUUGGCUAAUACUUGCCAAAACAUUGGUUAAAGUGAUGUUGUAAGUGUUUUGAGAUACUCCAAAUUUUGUUAAUCAUCGUCAUGGAUCCAAAAUAUAUCAAGUCGUUUUCUGUGUGUUGGUGUACACUUAAGUGUUAAAUUUAAGAACUGGGUUAUAUGUUUGGUUAUUGAACUAGGUAAUCUGAGACAGGACGUGCUGUGCUGUUUUCCACUGUAUCGUGAUUGGAUUAAUGUUCGGAGAGAACAAUGUAUCUUAAAGGCAACUUCAUGUCCAUAAAUGCAGGUCUCGUGAUGCGCAGUUCAAGAGAAGGGAUGCCGCCUACAAGAUCAUACAAUAGUUAGGCCGGGUGGGGAUGGCUGCCAGCUCCUGCGCGGAGGUAGCGGCGGCGGCGGCGGGUGACGGAGGCGGCAGUCUCGGCGUAGCUGCGGCGGCAGCGGCAUCGUCAGUGCGAAGGUCCAAGUCGCGUCGAGCAUCGUGGGAGAGCGAGCUCCAGUCACGUCGGGCCGUGGUCGCCCGCAGUUGGUACGGAGGGUACGGCGCGCUCCCGGAGGAAGAGGAGGACGAGGUAGAGGUAGCGAGGAAGUUGGUGAUGCCUAGCCUGAAAAACCUCGUCUCCAUGGCGACGCUGAGUAGAAGAAGAUCUUCGUCGACGACGGCGUUGAACUCCCAGGAAGUGCGGAGUGUUCCGUCGUCGGCCAAGUCGGUGACGGCGAUCCCUCUACUUCGCGAACCCCUGAGGAAGUGCGAGACGGCGGUGACGUUAUCCACCAUGGUACCCCCUGUGAGACCCGUCAACAGACUGAGGAUGUCCAACAUGUGCUCCAGGUGCUCCAGUAUACUGUCUAUGGCCAGUAGCUCCAGAUACUCCAUCAACACCACGGGCUUCGUCAAUGUGAGUGAACGUAGCAAUGUGAUGUGUAAACUCUGUCUCAAUGAGGUUCCUCAACACCUUACGUGGACGCUGCAGCACUGCUCGUGUACCUUCUGUGUAGAGUGUAUGCGAGCCUACGUUGAGUUUGAGAUUGGAGAGGGUGCGUAUGAGAUCUCAUGUCCGGACGCUCUCUGUGAGAAGCAAGGAGUCAUGUCUCUCAACGAGAUAGAACGACUUGUGCCUGAGGAGAACUUCGAGAAACACAAGAGGUUCAGGCUCAACAGAGAGGUAGAGCUAGACAAGAGCAGGACUUGGUGUCCGAGUGCUGGCUGUGAGACUGUGUGUACUGUGUGCUCUACUGCAGAGAGAUGUGUACCACAGUCAGUCCAUUGUCCUACCUGUGAGACAGACUUCUGCAGUAAUUGUCGAGCCGCCUGGCACCAGGGUGUGCCGUGCCGGCCAGAGGACCUUGCACAGCCAAUACCAGGAAUCACGUUUGACUCUGAGCUGAUCAAGUGCUGUCCAAUGUGUGCUGUGCCGAUAGAGAAAGACGAGGGAUGUGCACAGAUGAUGUGUAAACGCUGUAAACACGUCUUCUGCUGGUACUGCCUCGCUUCCCUAGACGACGACUUCCUAUUGCGGCAUUAUGACAAGGGUCCAUGCAAAAACAAACUAGGACACUCUAGAGCUAGUGUGAUCUGGCAUCGGACGCAGGUGAUUGGGAUCUUUGCUGGCUUUGGUAUCCUGCUGCUUGUAGCCUCACCCCUGCUCCUGCUGGCAGCUCCAUGCAUCGUCUGCUGCAAGUGUAGGGUGUGUAGUGGAGGCGGCCGACUCGACCCUGACGAGGAACUGCCGGACGACAACGGCACGUGAAACUCUCCUGAUACUCGAGCAACGGAACUGCUCGAGCAUUGGUAACCAGGUGGUCGCACCCAGAGUCUACAGUACUCAUCGGAGACGCAAAACAUAGGCAAAGAGAAGUUUUAAGGAGAAAGGCGUUGGUAUCGACUGUUCAAUUACUUCAGUAUGUUUAAGAUUUUGUAAUUUGGUAGUAGACAUCCCAAUGGACCAGCCAUAGCCAAUUUUGUAUUGAAAAAGAACAUGUUUGAAUGAGCCACUCAGUGUGCUAAGCUUACUUAUUUUUGUUCCUUGAUUUUUAUCGACAUAGUGUGACAUUAGAGAUGUUUACAAUAAGUUAUCCCGUUAUAGUUCGGCCGCUUAGAAAACGACCUGCGUGCUAAUGCUAAACCAAUGCUGGAGGAGGUCGCUUUCUAAGCGGCCGAACUAUAGUUUGGUUUGGUUAAAAGUUGGCGCAAGUGGCUUCUGUUAUUUACAUUAGAGAAUUCUGUCACUGGCUCAAUUCAACAAAGUUCAUUUUUAUUCUGGAACUGGCUCAGACUUGAGCAUGAGCAUGGAAUGCCCAGUUCUAUGCAUAGUCAAAGGUUUAAGAUAGGUAAUAGUUCAUUAAAUGAUUUGCAACAAGAUCAACCAAGAACAGAUGGUUUUACAUUUUAAAGAGUUUUAGCUUUAUAAAAGACUUUUUACACAGCGUGUUGUCUAAAUUGUAAACAUUUAUUCAUAGGUCUGUUAAACUAUUAAUAAGUUUUUCUUGUUAUUAUUAAACAUGUUUUGACCUCUUUACCUUGUAGUUAUCGUUAAGUUACAAUUACCAUUACGAUACAUUCAGUUGCUAAAUUUUUAAUUCAGUUCUUGUAAUACAUAAUGUACCAACAAGUAAUUUAACGUUACCAUUUAUUUGUUGUUGACAGUUUUUAUGAGAAGUUUUUAUAAAUAACCUUAUAAUUGUUCAAGUUAAGUUUUGACAAAACGUUUUAUUACAUUUUCGCACAAAAUUAUGUUUAACCUUGUUAUGAACACAAUAAUUUGUUUACAAACAAAAUAAUUAAACAGUAGAUAAUGUACUUAACAAUGUCCCUGUUAAUCAUGAGUUGAUUUAAACUUUACUGUUACUUAUUUUAACCACACUGCCUUUUAUACCUUUCAAAUGAAUAUGGAAACUAAACUUAUGAUAUUGAGGGUCGAACAAAAUCCAACCAUGAACUGCUGUGAAGUGUGAGACGUUUUUGUUACAAGUGAAAAUGUUUUGGACUCAAGUUAAAAAAUAAGUUGUAUAUACUUUGUAAAAAGUGCAAGAAGAUUAAUAGUUUUGUUUAAUUUGUAAAUACUAAAUACAUUAACAUGUAAAUGAAGUCAUGUAUUUUAGGAGAAUUAUUUGGCAGGAGGGUUUAGGUGUUUUACAAGUAACAAUUAGCUAUCAGUACAAUAUUUUAGUUGUUUACCCAAUAACUUCCUCAUUUACAGUUAAAUUCACAAAAUUAGAAGUAAAUAACUAAGCAGAUAAAAUAAAGUGCUUCCAUUUUUUAAUCAAUAAUCGAGUGGUAAACUAAUGCUCCUGCCAAGUUUAACAUACAAUGCUGUAAAUAGUUUAAGUGCAAUUUUAGAAGUUAACGAGAGUUAACAAGGCUGUGAGUGGGUAGAGACUUAAUUUUUUUCUUUCCGGGUGUCAUGUACUUAACUAGUAGUGUUGCGAUGAUGAUGCACAAAACUGUUGGAUUGCUUUUGGUUUCAACCUUAAAGAUUUUACUUCUGAUUCUUGAAAAAGUAAAAAACAAAAUAUUUAAUGAAUUUUUGUUAUGGAUUAAGUCAUUGACUAAUAGUCAAAGAUUUAGUUCUUUGUAAUACAGAGAAUGUUGUCAAUUGUUGUUCUCUAAAUACCAGCAGCUGACACGGGCUCUUGACUAUCACAUCCAUUAUUGCUGUGUAGUUUAAGUGUUAUAUAUUUCAUUAAACAGUUUCUAAAUGUUUUCCUGUAGUACUUUUUAUGUUUUUAAAGGGAAUAGGCUACCAAACCGAGGUUGUAAAAGGUACAUUAAUUAAUAUUUUUUCUUGACAUAAGGACUCGACAAUGUCAUAAUCUAAAAAAAAGCAAAAAACAGUUCAAGUACUCAAAAUUUCAUCAACGCCAAUAGUAAAAUAUUUUAAUAAUCAGAGCGAUUCACUAACUCCAGAUUUCACCAAGUCCAAUAGCAUAAGUUUUAAAUAGUCAUCGUUUCACAAAUUCCAAUGGUAUUAAUUUAAUAAGCAGAGUGUUUCACGAGCUUCAAAAUCAACUCCAAAAGUACAGUUUCGGCCAGAAGUUGCUGCAGGGGUUGCCACAGUCAGAUUGCAGGUAAAAAUUCUUUAUUUUACCAGGCAAAGUUAGGGCCACAUGGCCCUCUCUUACACUACAGGUACCGUCCGCCAUGUUUGUGGCGUUGCUCUAGGAUUGACUAAGGGGUCAUGGGCUCCAGUCUCUUUAUCUCUAUACAAUUUAAUGUUGUUGGUUCAAUAAAUUUUAAGUGUUAAAAAGGUGUUAAGACGUUGAGUGCGGGCAAAAUCUAUUAAUGUAGUGCGUCAUGAGCACUCCUAUCGGCCUGCAUCUAUAGAUGUAGUUGUGCCACUCUCACUACAUUAGUUCAUUAUGAGCUCAGCCGUUGCCAGGGAACGUUAUAAUCGUUGCCAGGCUGUAGCUUAGAAUGCAAGCUUUAAUUUGGUGUAGGUUGGUACUAAAAAUUCCUAUAAAAUCCCGUCUAACAAUGCUUUUGUCCUGGUUUUGGGGAUUUUUUCUAUUCAAGCCAUAUUUCAAAGACACUGGCUAUAGAUCCAGGCAGUGCUGCUACCUUUGGGUGUUUCAUUGAUCUACGCCCACUUUUGGGGUAACGCAGCACAAUCACCACUGCUCUUUUGUGAUUCGUCAGUCUGAAAUAUUUGAAUGCCAAUUGCGAUUGCUGAUUUAUUGGCGAGCCGGGGUUUUGCCCGGGCCUCGCCGCCAUUGGCGAGCGUCUGUUAAAAAGUUUUCAGCACUCAAUGUGUUAAUUUGUACGUUAUUGGGAUUCACCUUUUCAAUGUUGAGCUUGGCAUUGUAAACACUUCUAUUUCAAAAAAAUUAUUUGUUAACACUCAUAGUAGAGACUUUGACUUUAGUAUAAAAUAUUGAGGCGUGAAAUCUGGAGUUUGUGAUUUUUAAUAAUUUAGCCUACUAUUAGAGUUGGUAAAAUUUGAAGUUAGUGAACCUCACCCAUCAGUUGUAAUACUGUAGGCCUACUAAAAAUAUUUUGACUUGGCACUAUUCAAAAAUAGGUUCCUCAUUUAAUUUUACUACAAGUUUAAUUUAGAAUUAUCAACCUGUUUAGUCGAGUUUGAAGUUUAAAUAUUUCAACAACAAAUAAGAUAGCUAUAGUUUCUACAAGACCUGUAUGUCAAAUGAAAUUGAAAGAAAAGAAAUCUAUUCUUUAUAGUUGAAACUUUGAUAUUUUCAAAAGCAAUCCACCAGUGUUUAGCAAUCAACUCCUAUUGGCUACUAGUGAGUAGAAAUAACCUUUAUUAACUGGAAUACUUUAAAUUUGUACCACUUAACUGGAAAUAAGUUAGCCUAAUUCUUUAGCUCUAGAUUCUUGACACAGUAAAAAAUAUAUUCUGGAUUUUCCCAUUAGUGGAAAAAUCUUCCUUUAAGUCGACCUUUAGGGUUUGGAAUUCUUCCUUUUCAGUUAGGUUUUAAGCUCAGUAGAGUAUGGUAAUAUAAUAAUUAUUGCAGUGGACAUAUAGUUGUAUUACCUAUCAAUUUUACUUUAAAAUCUGUGGUUUGAGGUUAAUAAUUCCUCCUCUUGUUAAAAUAUCUACCAUAAAAUAAUGUAUUGUUGUUGGCUUCAUUCCCAACCGUUUCUACUUACAGUAGUUUUUUCUCCUCUGGUUUUAAACUCUUUCCCUCCAGUUUUUUAAGUCCAUCUCUUAGUUUGGCUUGAAGGACUAAACCCUAGUCUGCAAUAGUUUUCCAGUGAGUGGUACAGUAAAAAGCUUUCACUUCUAAUUUGUCUCCCCAACUAGAGAUGUACAUAUAAUGCACAUCUUCCCACACUAUAUCGACUGUACAAACUCAAUCAGAAUGUCAAAGAAAGUGUUUAGAUAUCAAUAAAAGCUUAAUACAUUGUAACUUUAAAUUUACUAUUAUCAUAAUAUGAUAUCUUAAACUGUAAUUUCUGUCAUGCUUAUUUUUUCAUCAGGAGCUAUUUAACUUUUUUCAGCUUUUUAUGCAUUUUUACUCCAUUUGAAAAUUUGUGAUAACUAUACUAGUUUUUAGGUGAGGUAGUAUUUUUUAAUAAGAUUUUUUUUAAAGCAAUGUCUUAUAUUGUUAGUUGUAAGAAUAUUAUUUCAUCUAUAAGCUUGCUUUCCAAUAAACAUUUAAUAUAUCAAAAUUAAAACUUUUGUUACUUGCGAAUCAGGAGGUUGCUUUAAUGUUAAGCUUUGUACCACUUUUUUCAAUGUUCAAAUUGGAACUGGUAGAUUAUUUCGUUAAAUUUGUUGAAAACAAGUGAUUUACUGAAAAUAAUCAGUAUAAAACAGAGUUUUUUUAUAUUUACCCAGUAUUAUUAAUGUUUAAUUAAUACCUGUUUUAAAUCAUUUUGGUAUUAAAAAUCCAAUGUUAAAUCAACUUAUUCAAACCUAAGCACAGUUAGAUGUUUUGUGUUGGUUAGUUUUGUACAGUGAUAUGUUGAGUAUAUGUUGCUGUUUUGCUAUACAGAUCAGCGAACAUCCUAAUUCUUAAACUUUGUUAGGCUGAUUUCGAGACAAUGUCUUUGUAAAAAAUGUGAGGUUGUUUUUAUUUUGCAAGUUCAGGUUGUUUUUUUUUUCUUUAUUCCAGCAGGUGAUUUUUUUAGUUAACUAAUUUAAAUGCAAUUAUCUGAUUUACAUCAGUUUAUAUUGUUUAAGAGCUUGUUAAGUUUAUAAGCAUUUGUCUAUCUAUUGUUGAAUGUUGACUUAUUAUAAUUAGGAGCAAAAUAAAUUCUCAA